UACCUACGCGCGUACGUAUUACGAGCUACGAAGGAAAACAUUCGUGCGCACGAAUCGAAUUAGCACAAAAAGUUAAUGAACCAAUUUUUCCCUUCAGAAGAACAUAUAUUGAUAACAGCAAAAGGGAAAGUAUUGUAAUUUCAGAAACAUGUAUGGGCUGUUUGGAGCACCGGGGUUUUCCGGGGAGAUCAUCAAAUUGAACGUUGGAGGAGCGAGGUUUUCGACAUCCAAGCAAACAUUGACAUGCAUUCCUGACUCCUUUUUCUCCAGCUUGAUGAGCGGUCGCAUUCCUUCAGUAAGAGAUGAAGAAGGAGCAAUUUUCAUUGAUCGAGAUCCGACCGUGUUUGCACCCAUUCUGAACUACCUUCGCACCAAGGAGCUCAACCUCAAAGGGGUGGAUAUACAGACGCUGCGGCAUGAAGCAGAGUUCUACGGCAUAUCACCACUCGUCAAGAAUCUGUCACUGUGCGAGGAUUUGGAGAGAUCGUCCUGCGGCAAUGUUCUCUUCCAUGGCAUACUUCCUCCACCCUCUUUACCGCCGAGGUUAGAGAGGAGUGACCACCGCCAUAGCUUGUCCGUGGAUGCCGAGAUGAGACCGAGACCAACGCUAGCCAGAGGGACCUCACUCAGGGAAGCCAGCCAGAGACCAGUGUCUGCCAUCGAGCCCAGGCUAGCCAGGGCCGAUCUCGACAUGCCUCUUGAAGCCGGCACAGAUCCACACAGAGUUCUGAUCGUCUCUGGCCAUCACAACUGGAUCGUCCUGGCCUACGCUCACUUCGUCUGCUGCUAUCGCAUCAAGGAGUCCACGGGCUGGCAGUUGGUCUUCACCUCUCCGUACCUGGAGAGGACCAUCGAGCGAGUGGCUCUUAACUCUCGGGUCCCUCUCAGCCAAUCAGAGGGCAAGGAGAAGAUGGUGGCGGUGUCCUACGGCAGCCAGAUUCGGCUCUGGAGCUGUCAGGAUGAGAGCAGUCGCAGUCAAGUUGGUACCUUUGAUCUUGCUGUACAUGUGGACUCGUUAUUCUUCAUUGGUAGUCAACUGGUGGCUACCAGCCAUACGGGCAAAGUUGGGGUCUGGCACGCUGUGACACAACAUUGGCAGACCCAAGAGAUGUGCGGUAUUGCCAGCCAUGACACAGCAGGCUCAUUCCUACUCCUGGGAUGUACGAAUGGCUCCAUCUAUUACAUCGAUAUGCAGAAGUUUCCUCUGAGAAUGAAGGACAACGACCUUCUGGUGACUGAACUUUACCACGACCCCAGCAACGAUGCCGUCACCGCUCUCAGCGUUUACCCCACCCCAAAGACAAGCCUGACAGGCAACUGGAUUGAGAUCGCCUAUGGUACUAUCGCCGGCAAGGUUCGUGUGAUUGUCCAGCAUCCAGAGACUGUCGGCCAGGGUCCACAACUCUUCCAGACGUUCACCGUCCACUGCAAUCCUAUCUCCAAAGUCAUGCUGUCUGAGAAGCACCUCAUCUCAGUAUGCCAAGAGUCCAACCAUGUCCGGACGUGGAACGUGACCCGAUUCCGUGGCAUGAUCUCCACCCAGCCUGGCUCCACUCCCCUCAAUUCAUUCAAGAUUCUCUCCCUGGAGGAAGCCGACCUUCACCUGACCUAUGCCGCCGGAAACAACUUCGGGCCAUACGGUGAUCGAGAUGACCAGCAAGUCUUUGUCCAGAAGGUGGUACCAGAGACCGAUCAGCUGUAUGUCCGCUUAGCGUCCACUGGACAAAGAGUUUGUUUGAUCCGUUCCGUGGACGGUAGCAACAUUACGUCCUUCUGUGUCCACGAAUGCGAGGGCUCAAGUCGUAUGGGGUCGCCCCCACGCAGGUAUCUGUUUACCGGCCACUCCAACGGGUCCAUACAGAUGUGGGAUCUGAGUACAGGACUGGACAACCUAGUCAAGGUCAACAAAGGGGAGAACGUCGAUCCCAACCUGCCUGGAGGACCAUCAGAGGAAGAGCUAAUCCGCCUUCUAGGCCACUCUUACGUCUCGGCCUCCCGAUCCACGACACCCUCCAUGAGCCCAGCCACCUCAGCCCAGAUGAUACCCAUGAGAGUCAACCAACUGCGCUCGGGCUCCUCCAGCACACUGGCCAAUCAGAGUACAGAAGAGCUUCCACUUGGCGCAGAGGGGGGAGGGCAACAGGGAGGGGAAAGUACCGACGGAAGUUUCUACAACCUGAAGGUCACUCAUUGCUGAGGAACUAUAAAUGGCAGUGUGCAGCCUCCUGAGGAAGGCAAGGGAAGGACAUUUUGCUUUACACACUCAACAAAUGUGGCCAACUUUCAACUGAGUGUGGACAUACACAGCUUCUUGACAGGAAUGCACCCGAGUUUGGGCACAUGACAAAAAUGUCCAUCAUAUGCCGUUAAAUAGGCCCGGCGAAUUUGCCAACCUCAAAUGGAACGAUGUCAUUGAAAAACUGUCGUCAAAAUUAGUGGCGCCCAGUAUACAUGUGUCACUAUUUUUAUAGCGGCCUUUAAAAUCCUUGAAAAAUUAAAAUUUUGAUUGGAUGGAAAAUGUUUCCAUAAAAAAAAACAUGGGAGUGCUGAUAGCUUUGUGUGAAUUCUCCGCAAGUGUACUGGAGGACAAAUUACAUAUUUUCUUAAUUUUAAAAACUAUUUAAACUGUGAUUAAUCUGGCUGGUAUAGGUUGCUCAUUGGUGAAAACAAUAUCAAGUUUUACUCAUUUCUUCUAUUUUUAACAGACAUUUCGUGUGUUCCUGGCUUCUUUUGUGUUUGUUUUUUUAAGCAAACCCAAGAUAUUUAAAAUGAAAAUACAAAAUAACUUCUUGCCGGUUCUACAGUAUGUACUGUCAAUCAAAUUUAUUUACAUGGUAUAUGUCUAGAAUUAAUCCAAAUGUCAACAUUUAUGGCAAUUACAUAGCAACAGUCUCUUAUCAUCAAUGUUCAAUCUAGAAAAUGCACAACUUAUUUUUCUUGAUGCAGUGCAACCGGCCGUAAUGUAAGCUUUGUAAAUAAAAGAAACAAUUAUUUUAUAGUAUGUGAAAAAAAAAAAAAGGAUCAGUCAUAUAGUUUUUUGUAAUGUGUUAUUAAUUCAAACAAAUUGAUAUAUUU